AUGUCAUCUCUACUUCACUUGAAAUUAGAUGGAAUUAGAAGUUAUUGUCAUGUUGGUCAAGUAAAGGAGGACAAUAGAAGAGCAGCUUAAUAGUCGUAAUCAAUCUAUUUUAAGCAACCUCUCACUCUAAUUUGGGGUCAUAAUGGAAGUGGAAAGACAGUACCCAUUUAUAAUUAAAAUAGACAAUUAUUGAAGCACUCCGAACCAUCACUACUGGGAUGCAACCUCCUAAUUCCGAGAAGUAAACAACAUUUUCUAUUCACUUAGAGGCAGGAGUUUCUUAACAGAUAGUCAUUUGCUUGGAUAAAGCAAGACUGAUGCCUGUAUUGAACUUAGUUUUAAGUCCAUUAAUAAUCGUGAGAUUGUUGCUCGUAGACAUUUUAGUAUUGUAUAUGAUUCUCCAAAUUCUUGUAAAUUCUCUUCACUUAGAUCUACUUUAUAAACUAGAUCAUUGGAGACUGAUAAAUUAGAAACAUUGCAUUCCACUUGUGCCAAUAUAGAAAAAUAAAUUCCUUGUUUUCUAGGAGUUUCAGUACCUAUUUUGAAUAAUGUUCUCUUGUGUCAUCAAGAAGAAUAGCUCUGGAUGUUUAGUGACAAUUCAACAUUAAAGGGUAUUUUUGAUGAACUUUUUGAAACUACUGAUUUGGUUAGCAUUGAAGUUAGACUCAGGGAAUAACUAAAAGAAGCUGAAAGCAAGGCCAAAGUGCUUAUGGAGAAAGUGGAAUUCUCUAAAAGAGACAUGGAUGAUGGUCAAAGAUAGAGAACUAAUCUAUAAAAUUAGUUAGAAGAAAAAGUCUAGGAAAUUAAAAUAAUUCAAGACAUUAAUUCUUAAAUGAAUCAAAUAUAGAUUUCAAACAUCAAUUUCAAUAUCAUAUAACAGAGAAUGAGUGAAUGUGCCGAUUUGAUUGCCUGUAGGAAUUCUAUGUAAGAGAACAAAUUAUAAUUGCAAUUGGAUCAUAUCGACUUGAAUCAAUUAUCUUAAUAGGAUUUUGUGAUUUCAAGUCUCAAACAACUAGAAAUUGAAUUGAAAAGUGCCUAGGAUACUCUCAAAUCUACUGAAAUUAAUGUAGAAAAUAAAAAGAUCGAAUUAUAAGAACUACAAGUUGAUACUUCAAUAGAAACAUUGAAAUAAGAAGUUAAAUUAAUUAGAGACUCCAUCAGGUCUCUAUUUAUGUUCUCUAAUAAUAUUUCUGAUGAAAAUUUGUUAAAGCAAGUUAAAGAGAAGAUAUCUUAUAAUAAACUUGAAUAAUCGUCAGAGUAAUAGACUUAACAAGAAAUGCAAUCUGCCUUUUAAACUAAGAUAUCUAAUUUAAAUGAGAAGAAAUAGAAAUGUCUAAUUGAAGUUAGGAUAAAUGAGAAUCAAAGAAAUGAACAACUUAAAUUAAAAGAUUAAAUGAACAAAGAUAUUAAAAAUAAGGAAUUAUUACUCUAAUAAUUAACUUUCCAAAAGAGGUAGGCUGAAUAAUAAGAAGUGUAAAUUAAGGAGAAGCUAAAGUUAAAAUAAGAGUUUGAAUAAAUCAACUAAGAUCUUAUUGAAUGCUAUGAUAUCACAUAAAAGAAUUCACAAAUUAGCUCGUACCAGGAGAUAGUUAAGAAAAUAUCAGAAUUAGAGGAGAAUAUAUCCUCAAAAUCGACAUAAAUUGAUUUAUUAAUUAGGGAAAAUGGAUGGAGAGCAAUGAUUAAAUUAAAUGGAUCAAAGCUAGAGCGAGACAUCUCUAUUUCAAGAUGUGAAGAGUCAAUUAAAUAAAAGAUUUAAGCAAUUAAAACUUAAAUGGCUAAGGAUUAAGCAUAAAUUAAAAUAUUAAACGAUCAAAAAGAAGAAUUGAAAAAUCAAUUAUCUAUCAAUAAAGCAAUUAAAUAUGAUCCUUUUGAAUUGGAAAACGUAAAAAGAUAACUUAGAGAAGUCAAAGAAAACAAAAUAAAAUACAUCUUCAAUCAAACGGAGUUUAUUGAUCAAUAUGUAUAUAUAAAUAAUUAUUAAGAUUACUAGUUCCAAACAAUCUGGAAAAUGCUUAUUAUGUCUUAAACCUACAGAUUAAAGUUGCUUUGAACUAUUAAAGCAUAGAGUCCAACAAAAUUUACCUAAAACUAAAUCUAAAAUUAAUGAAUUUGAACUUUAAAUCAAUAGUCUAAAGGCUGAAAAAGAGAAGAUUAAGUAAGGGAUUCAAAAUAAUCAACAUUUAGAAAAAAUUAGAUAAUUAGAUUCACAAAUAGCAGAGAUUUAGGCAACUUAAAGAGAUUCAGUUAAUAAUGAUUCUCUGUUGUAACUGGAAAAAAAUCUAUAGGAUAUUACGGUAUUGAGACAAUUACUUGGGAAUGAAGAAGAAACCCAAAAGGAAUAAUUGUUAAUUCAAAAAAUAUAAAUGGAAAAAGAGAAUUCAUUUUUGAAAGGUUCUUUAAAAUUAACAAAUAAUCCUCAUAAUUAAAGCUAACUUUAGAAAGCUAAAAUGGAUAUUCAAAAUAAACUUAAGUAAUAUGAGGGUUUACAAGAGAAUUAUGAAAAUCCAAAAUAAUUACAAGAUAGUAUGCUAAGAAUUUAAACCGAGUUGAAUCAAUUGAGAUUGUAGAAUUAAAAAAUAGUGAUAUAAGACUUUGAUGAUAAAUCAUAUGAGAUCACAUAGAUAGAAUCUCAGCUGAAUUAAUUAGAAUUAGAACACAAGUUGCAGUAUGAUCAAUAUAUGGAAUCUAUUCUAAACAAGAAACAGCUCUUGAAUAAUUUGGAAGCAAUAUAACCUUAAUUCGAAUAGAAAAUAUUAAAGAAAUAAGACUUGAUGAAUAAAAGUAAGAAUAACUAUAAAUAUGCCGAUUACAUAUAAAAAGUAUAAUUGGAAAUCUAAAAUGAGACCGAUAAAAUGAAGCAAUUAGAAUUAGAUAUUCAUUAAAAGCAAUAGAAGCUAAAAUAAUAUUAAGAAUUAUAAGAUUACAUAUAAAAAUUAUAAAAGUGGUAAGACCUAGAUCAAGCAGAAGAGAAAUUAAAUGAGCAGAUAGAGAUUCUACAAUAAGAAAUUCAAAAGUUAUAAGAUGAGUAUUAAUCAUAACAAUUAAAUAUAUCGAAAAAGGAUAAAUUUAGAUUAGAAUAUGAUCUGAGAAGGUCGAAGUUAGAAUAAAGCUUUUAAUCAGCUUUGGAAUUAAAAAAGGAUAUCAAUAGAAGAUAUGAUGGAUCAGAACAAAAAAGACUUGAAUUAUUAUGUGAAUAUGUGGCAACUUAAUAAUUUAUAAGUGAUUUAAAAAAAUAUUUAUAAAUUUUAGAAGCUACAAUGCUUGAAUGUCAUGGUUAAAAAAUGAAAGAAAUCAAUAAAUAUUUAUUUGAUACUUGGCAGGUAUUAAUUUAUUUUUAAAGAUAGAAAAUCUACAACGGGUAAGACAUUAAAUUCAUAGAAGUAAAAUUCGAUGAAAUUCCAAAUUAAAAGAAGAUCUCAAAAAAAUAUAAUUAUAGAUUGGUGAUGAGAACAAUGAAUAAUACAGAAAUAGAUAUGAAAGGGAGAUGUUCUAUGGGUUAAAAGAUGCUUGCAUCAAUAGUCUUUAGGAUGGCAUUGGCGGAAUGUUUUGGUAGUAAUUGUUGUUUUUUGGCACUGGAUGAGCCAACAUCUAAUUUGGAUAGAAAACAUAUAAAAAGUAUUAAAUCAAUGUAAUAAAUUAGCAUUGGCUGAACAACUUAACUCAUUGAUAGAAUUGAUGAAAUAACAUGAAUAAUAAAUUUAAUUGAUAAUAAUCACUCAUGAUAUGGAUUUAGUGAAACUAUUAAAAAGACAUUCUGAAUCUUAUUACAUGAUAAGUAAAAAGGAAAAUGGUUUUUCUGGAAUUGAGGAAAGGAAAAUUGAGGAACUUAAAUGA